GGGGAGGGAGGGGGCUGGGUGGCUGCUGCUGCUGCUGCUGCCGCCACAGCUCUCGCCGCCUCCCCUCCCCCCCGGCGGGGGCUCCUCGCUGCAGCCUCUGUGCUCCGCUCUCGGUCAUGUGACCCUAACGUAACCGGACAGGAAAAGCCGCCGCCGCCGCCGCCGCGCUGACUCCGUUGUUGCUGCUGCUGCUGGGCGCGGAGACGGCGGCGGCCCGCGCGGCACCAGGCGCCUCGGCGGCCCGCGCCCCCCCAGAGUGUAAAAAAUGGAUUUGGCCAACCAUGGACUUAUUCUGCUGCAGCAGCUAAAUGCUCAGAGAGAGUUUGGUUUCCUAUGUGACUGCACAGUUGCUAUUGGUGAUGUCUACUUCAAGGCACACAAAUCUGUCCUUGCUUCUUUCUCCAACUACUUUAAGAUGUUGUUUGUUCAUCAAACCAGUGAAUGUGUCCGUUUGAAAGCAACUGACAUACAGCCAGAUAUCUUCAGUUAUCUCUUGCAUUUGAUGUACACUGGGAAGAUGGCACCGCAACUCAUUGACCCAGUUCGACUAGAACAAGGAAUAAAGUUUCUGCAUGCAUAUCCACUAAUUCAAGAGGCCAGCCUUGCAAGUCAGGGAACUUUUUCCCACCCAGAUCAAGUUUUUCCAUUGGCAUCUUCAUUAUAUGGCAUUCAGAUUGCAGAUCACCAGAUAAGACAUCCCACUAAGGUUACAUCAGCAACUGACAAACUCGGGCGAGAACCAAGGCCACAGACUUCACGGAUGAACCAGGAACAGGUUUCCGAGGGCUCACAGCUCUCGCAGCUAGCUACAACUCUGCCACAAGUGACCCGGACAAAUAUGACCACUUCUGACACAUUGCCAUCAUCUUUAUCUCCAGAACUGGUAUCUGCAGCUGGCAAUAAUUCACCCACAGGAGAAGAAGCUAACAUGGAAGCAUCUUCUUCAGAUGAACAGCCUGCUUCACUCACGAUAGCACACGUCAAGCCAAGCAUUAUGAAAAGGAAUGGAAGCUUCCCAAAAUACUAUGCCUGCCACCUCUGUGGCCGCCGGUUCAAUUUGCGAAGUAGUUUGCGUGAGCACCUCCAGAUCCACACAGGAGUUCCCUUCACCUCUUCCCAGCAGGGAGAAAGUAACAUUUCUUUGUCUCUCUGUAACAACACAGCUGAAAAAGAUGCCAUGGAAGUGCCUGAAGCUGGAAUGAUUAGUGACAGCGAGCUGCAGCAGAUCUCAGACUCCCCAAUAAUUGAUGGGCAGCAGCAAUCAGAGACACCACCCCCCUCAGAUAUUGCAGACAUAGACAACUUGGAGCAGGCAGAUCAAGAGAGGGAAGUAAAAAGACGGAAAUAUGAAUGUUCCAUUUGUGGUCGCAAAUUUAUUCAGAAAAGCCACUGGAGGGAGCACAUGUACAUACACACUGGCAAACCUUUUAAGUGCAGCACUUGUGACAAAAGCUUUUGUAGGGCUAACCAGGCUGCCAGACAUGUGUGCCUAAACCAGAGCAUGGACACGUACACAAUGGUGGACAAACAGACUCUGGAGCUCUGUACUUUUGAGGAAGGCAGUCAAAUGGACAACAUGCUAGUACAGACCAACAAGCCCUACAAAUGUAACUUGUGUGACAAAACGUUUUCAACUCCCAAUGAAGUAGUUAAACAUUCGUGCCAAAAUCAAAACUCUGUCUUUACACUAGAAGAAGAUCGCUCCAUUUUGCUAGGUAGUGGGGACACAGAAGCCACAGAGACUGAUAACUCAGUGUUAGCCUCCAUCAAAAAGGAGCAGGAAGCAGUGUUGUUGGACUGAAUGUGAAACCUAUAUCAAUUUUUUAAAGUUUCUUUAUUCAUUUUUAUUAAAUCAAUUUUUUCCUCCCCUCUCUUACCUCACUUUUCCCCUGCCAUCUUUUCCACCAUCCUCCUUCCCACCCUUUGUCUUCAGCAACCAGAACUGUACUGGCACAUUAGGAAAUUGGACUUUGCCUCUCCCACCAAAACAAACAAAAAGCUCUUGCAUCAAACCACAACAUAAUUGAUUUUAAUACAAAGGAACGUGUGAAAAAUAAUCCAGCUAACUAUGUUGAUAGUAUUAGUUAAUCUAAAUUUAAUAGAUUUUAAACAAAGUUUAGGUUACUUAAAAGCAUAUUUAGAUACAAUGAUGAGUGUAAUGAGAAACGGAAUAUAAGUUUGGUGAGCAAAGAACAUAUAUAUUAGUUUCCCUGGUAAAAGGCAUUUUGAGAAGAUCUGGCAAAUCAAACUCCACAUGCAAGGUAAUCGAGAUUAUAACUUAAAAAGAAAAUGCAGGAUUUUUCUCAGUGAGUCCAAGAACCUAUUCAUUGAGUAGAAAAGAGCUGAGGGUGUUGACGUCUUUUUUGCCUAAAGUUUUCCUUCAAGUAUGCCUUUAGGUAUCUGUUUCAGGUAGCAUCAUUGAUUCAAGCAAAGUAGUUACUUAGUCAAAUUUUGACUCAAGUAGCUGUAAUAAUAAUGUGAUGGCAAUCUUUAUAUAUAUAUAAAAAUACUGUAUAUGUAUAAAGAUUUAUAUAUAUAUAGAAAGUGUUUGUGUGUAUAUUUGGUACAGGUAAAUAAAUGCACACAUCCUUUUUAAGCAACUGGCCAUCUGCUUUCAGAUUCAGCCCAAAAAGUCUUUUAGUUGUUUGACGGAACUAGUCAUUCCACAGAUUAUUUUUAACCAAAUUUAAAAUGUCCUGAGCUGUGUGCAUUUUUAUUGGCCUGUUGAAAAGAAGCUGAUAUGGUAAGUGUUGUCACCCAAGAUACAAAGGGAACUAGAGAAGUGACAUACUGGUGAGCCCUGUAACACCAUUAGUGCAGCACACGCAUGUGGUGUUAGCAUAGUUUUGAGCCAUUCUGGAUGAAAGGAGAGAGGAGAAACUUUAUUGCCUUACUCAGGCAAGGAAUGCCCAUGAUUUCAUUUGGUCUAAUUGCAUGAGUUAAGAUGAGGACAAAACAGUACAGAGACCUACUAGCAACAGGGGAUCAUGGUUGUUUGAAAGUGAAUCUGUAGUCUUGAACUGGCAAAUUUUGCUCUUUGAGAGUGCCAUUAUUUUCAAAGCCAAGACAAAGUCUGCAAAAACUGAAAGGAUGAAUUCUGUAGUUUUAGUUACUGCUGAUGAUAGCACUGCAUCUUUGUGUUUAAAAUCAAGUUGUUGAUUCUUACUAUUUUAUAUAAAUACCCGGAAUUUUUUCCAGUAGCCUCAAACCCUAAACUGACAGCAGCAAUGAAGCCCACCAAACAAUUCCUGGGCCAACAAAGGCUGAAGCAGACAGAAUAAGUGCCCCAUCAUAAAUGGAGACAGUGUGUGUUUUGGGGGGAGGGGUGGGAGAGGGCAAGUCACAAACCACAGCCCUACUCUGUGUAUACGUUUAAACUGAAUAUCAUCUUUUUGUGUAUAGUUAAGUUCUCAGAUUUGUAAGUUUUUAUACAUCAUUUCAUUGAAUAAAAACUGAAUUAAAUGGGAUGUGA